AUGCAGCACUGCUUGACCGGAAAUGGGGCGACCAGGACGACAUGCCUCGCGUCAGUUAGCGGCCGUAUCGAGCGGCCAAGGCGAGCGGCGGGCGUUACCAGCAGGGCUGAGGCCUUCACCUCGAGCGGGGCUGUCCGUCUGAGGCCACGGGUGAUCAGGCGGAGGAGGGUCGGGUUGACGACGCGCGCGGUGGCGACGCAGGGCGGAGGAGGCGCGAUGGCGCCCCAAGGGGGGGGUGGGAGCGGCGGUAUCUUGGGUUGGUUAUCGCGACAGUUCGUCAACCAGCUCAAGGCCAUUCCCCUGCUGCGAUGGCCGAGGCACGGGUUCUUCAGCCCCAAGACCUUUGCGACGACUUUGAUAGAUGCGAUAAUCGUUAUGUUCUCGCUGGUGUUCUUUGUGCUGGUCCUGGGCGCUGCGGACUACAUCGCGCUGAAGAUAUUCAAGGUGUUGACGCUUGGAAAGGCUUAG